UGGACAGAAGGGCCCCUAUUUGAGGAAAUACGAUAAUUACCAUGGAUUGUUUCUCGCAGCUCAACAUCAUCAAGAUUAAUUCAAUUGCUUUAAAAUAAUCCUACAAACACAAACAAUCCUUCUUGGUGGAGGUAAUCAUGCUUGGUAUCAAAGUCAUCAUAUUAGCCUGUACCGCCUCUUCUUUCGAGAUGUUUCCCCAAGCUAAGAGUCAGUGAGCUGACGAAUACACGAUCCUAUUAUCCUUGCCCGAAUUAAUCCUCCUUCAGAGAUGUACUUUACACACUUAUGGACUCACUCACUGCACACGUAUAGAUGACAAGAGAAGGUGAGACAUAUUUCAACGAAUAACGCCAGGAAAUAUGUCAGCUAUGCAGGACGCCCUUCUGCUGGGUUUAGAGGGCGUCAAGAAGAAAAUCUUGCACGGUGGGACCGGAGAAAUCCCCAAAUUCAUCACUGGGGCAAAGGUGACCUUUGACUUCCGCACCACACUGUGUGAUGAUGAGCGCACGGUGAUAGAUGACAGCAAGGCCGUGGGCACCCCUAUGGAGAUAGUGAUUGGCAACAUGUUCAAACUGGACAUCUGGGAGAUGCUGCUGGCUUCCAUGAGGAUCGGAGAGGUGGCCGAGUUCUGGUGUGACACCAUUCACACCGGCGUGUACCCGCUUGUGUCCAAGAGCAUGAGACGCAUUGCAGAAGGCAAAGACCCCGUGGACUGGCACGUUCGCACGUGUGGCAUGGCCAACAUGUUUGCCUACCACAGUCUGGGCUACGACGACCUGGAUGAGUUGAUGAAGGAGCCCAAGCCGCUCUUCUUCAUUCUGGAACUGCUCAAGGUGCUGCAGCCCAGUGAGUACAACAGGGAGUCUUGGGCGUUGAAUGAUGAGGAGAGGCUGAAGGUGGUGCCCGUGCUGCACGGUCAGGGAAACAAGCUCUUCAAGCAGGGACGCUACCAAGACGCCACGCUCAAAUACAAGGAAGCCAUCAUCUGCAUCAAAAACGUGCAGAGCAAGGAGAAAGCGUGGGAAGCUCCGUGGCUGAAGCUGGAGAAGAUGGCCCACACCUUAACACUCAACUACUGCCAGUGUCUCCUACGCAUAGAGGAGUACUAUGAGGUCAUCGAACACACCAGUGACAUCAUUAACCAACACCCAGGUGUCAUGAAGGCCUACUACCUGCGCGGGAAGGCCCAUUUGGAGGUGUGGAAUGAGGCUGAGGCCAGGCAGGACUUCAGCAAGGUUUUGGAACUAGACCCGGGCAUGAAAAAGGCUGUGAAAAAGGAACUGGCAGUGCUGAACAUGCGCAUAGAGGAGAAGAACGAGGAGGACAGGAACAAAUACAAGGGCAUGUUUUGAAGUGACUUUGACAUGCAAGGAGUCACUUCUCAAACUUUAUUUGAAAAAAAUUAUUAUCAUUUUGGAUUUGAUUCAUUUGUUGAACUGCUCUCUCUAUGUUUGCUAAGGUCAUGUUUAAUUUUUUGGGGAAAUCACUAUCCAUGCACCUCUUAUGAACGACCUAUAAAGUAACCCUCGUCACUGGUGGAAAGAAAAAGAAAGUAGUCCCGCGUCUUUCCACGAGGUGUCACUCAAUCCACAUGUACCGUCUGCUCGUGUUUGAUUGCGGGUGUAGCAGGGGAUCCUGCAGGAGUCAUGAAUCCAGCCCGCAGUACAACUUCAUGAGCAUCCCAGUGGCUCGUAAAAUGAAAUCAUGUGGGCUGUAGCUACUGUUUGUCUCCGUCUAGUCAGCGCUUUCUACAAGAACCGGGUUGUCUAUUGUAGUUAAAGAAUCAACCUACCUGUAUUUAUUCUGGUAGUUUGCAGUGGCUUAGCAGCACUGAACUACAUCACACUGUUGGUCGUGUAUAAUGUCGUGAAGCUCGACGCCACUGCAACAAACAAUACUAGACUCGAAUCGUUUUACUUAGGAUGUUAAGCAAUAGCUAUUAGUACCUUUAUUUGGGGUUUCAUUUACAUAUAAGGGAAUCCCCACUGAGUUGGCCACAAUGGGGUAGCAUCACUCAGGAAAAUGAGGCUCACGCUAUGCAGAGAGCGAACGAUAAUGAAAAUGAAUGGGCGUGGACCGGGAGGGAAAUGCACAGUGGAUGGACGUUUCACAUGAAAGUCCCACCCAGCACAGAAUCACCACGAUUGUAUUCUGUCCGACACGUGCGAAUUAGCUGUUUAUGCAACGUGUCUAAGAAUGUGUUAGGUGUUCCGAUUCAAGCAUUGUAUAUAUAAGGCUAUAAGCACUCGAAGGCAGAUUUUGUGUGGGUGGGUGAUUUAUGACUUGGGAAGACUGUGCCACAGGAACAUGGACGGAAAGUAAAUUCUGCAUAGCAGCACAAAGCUUUCCAUAAAACACUGGUGCUGAUGUUGAGAAAGGGAAGGGAGGUGUGUGUGUGUAUGGGGGUGGGGGGGGGGACUCCCUGAUAGACUGCUCUGCUCAAUCAACAUCAGCAGCAUCAAGUUAGACGGAGAGCUAAGAAGUCAUGGCAAAAGUAAGGAAGUACUGCCUUCAAAAUAAAACACGGCAGGACUGAUAGGGUACAAUAGCUGUUCGGCGGCAGUUCAACAGAUGCUUCACCAAUGGAAAAAUGGUACUUUUCACUUCAAAUUAGAAAAUUGUAUCCAUGAUAAUUUGUAUAAAUAAUUACAUGGCAAGGGAAAGUGAAAACAUGGAGACAAUCAUCAAUAAAGCUCAAGCAUAUAAGUAA